AUGAACGUUUCAAUAACUGCGUCCGAAGCAGCCGAGCGACGAGAGGCGAAAUUGAGGGAGCUUAUAGCGGAGCAGACGGCGCAAGAGCAGGAAGAGGAGAAGCCGUACAGAUUUGUCGACGGACGAAAGUACUAUCUAGAUGAGCUGGAUAUCCCGGGAUUCCUGGACGGCUCGCGGUAUUUACGGCCGUCCGAUCCGGAAACUUACAAUCCGGCAGUAUUCCUGUGGAGGAAGAUUGGCGACAUUCCCGAGGAGAGGCGCCACAGGCUGCUGGACCUGCUCAAGCCGCAUCACUUCACCCUCAUGUGGGAUGCGGCCGGAAAUCGCUUUCAGCUGGAGCAGGAAGGUGGGGAGGAAGGUGCGGACCCGGAGACUUCAGCAGGCGGGAUGCUGCCGGACGUUGCCACGUCAGCACUGCUGCAGCCAGAAAUAUGGGAUGGGCGGGUGAUUGGAGUCCCAGGUCCCCUCUCAUGGCUUGCUCGUUUUCAAAAGUCAUUCUUUGUUGGCACUGAUGGGCUGCGUUAUGGUCGAGUCAUCUCAGGUGGCCCCCUCUUUACUGGCCUCUCCAAUACAAUCACUCCCUUGUACUUCCGCAUCCGGGCGGCAACUCAAGUCCUGGCAACAGACGAGUCGUGCGAUCUCUCCUUCGACUACGAGUCCGGGCAGCUCCACCUGAAAGAUUCCGGGCUGCCCGAAGGCUUCCCUGACCCCCGACCCCACCCGCCCAUAUUCAACGAUGGAUUCAGGGAGGCAGCAGGGCCGGGGGUGAUAGUGGGGCAGUCGUGGCAGGAGGGCAGGGAGGUGGAUGCACUCACAUAUGCCUCCUCUCUCUCCCCUUUGUUUCCCACUUUUCCCCACAACUGCUGCCCUCUUCUCCCUUCUUCCCUCCGCUCCCAUAUUCAACCAGGCCCCCACCCGCCCAUAUUCAACGACGAUUUCAGGGACUACGUGAGGGCCGCGGGGCCGGGGGUGAUAGUGGGGCAGUCAUGGCAGGAGCGCAGGGACCACCCUUCCAUCCCCACUCUCUUCCCCCCCCCCAAUGGCCCUCUUCUCUUGCCAACCAAACCAGGAUCCCACCCGCCCAUAUUCAACGAUGAUUUCAGGGACUACGUGAGGGCAGCGGGGCCGGGGGUGAUCGUGGGGCAGUCGUGGCAGGAAGGGUUCCUUUCUCCUACAAUCCUUUCUUCUCAUUCUCACCGUCUCCCUCCCUUCUACCCCUCUCUCUCUCAACCCCUAUACCUGACCCUAUCAGGUCCCCACCCCCCCAUAUUCAGCGAUGAUUUCAGGGACUAUGUGAGGGCAGCAGGGCCGGGGGUGAUAGUGGGGCAGUCGUGGCAGGAGGGCAGGGAGGUGGAUGCAGAGCCGAGGCAGUUCCUGGGGGAGUUUAUCCUCGUUAGAAGACACCCUCACCAAGUGAAUGUCUGA